AUGGCAGUGGGCCAAGUGUCAGAGGAUUGGCCAGAUCUGCCGGCAGCCUCUGCCAUCGCCGGGCUGCAAGGAGGAGCUUCACCGGCCUUCUCACAGGUACCUUCCACACUCCUGGUCGUUAGUCCUGCUCUCUCCCUGCUGGGCAAGUCUUCCGCCUUCCGGGCGCUGUGGUCGCACGAGGGUUGUGGUGCGGGGCGAUUCGAGCCUUCAGAACUGCAGCUCUCUGCAAUCGCCUGGGCCGGCUUCUACAGCUCCUUGCAAGCACCCGAGGCCUCCGAGCUGCCUUUGCUGGCCCUGGAGCUCGUCCUCGGAAGGCUGCAGGAUGCCGAAGAGCUGCGGCUGAUGGCGGUUACAGGAUCCACCCUCCAGCUCAGCGAUGGCAAAAUUGUUGCAUGGGGCACCUCAGAUCCCAGUGCUGAGUGGGAGGCGGCAGCCACAGACCUGGCCCGGAAGCUUUGGCACAGCCUGUCCGUGAAACGCUGCCAUAGCGCACUGCAGCAGACGCUGUGGGGUCUCCGGGAGAAGCUCCUGGAUGAGAAGACGGGCCAGAAGGAGCUGCGCUCCAAAGCGAAAAUUUUAAGCCCCAGACUAGGGGCUUUUCAGAGCUGGGAGACUACGGCCCUGAAAAAUCAUGGGCCGAUCGGAGCACUGACGGCACAGAUUGAUGCUCGACUUCUGAUCCAUCCAGAGGCCGUGAUGACAAGCAUGCUGAACUCUUUCGAGAUGCUGCAGUGGUUGCGGAAGAUGCCCGAUGACUCAGACUACUUGGUGCGAAUCGAAGUCGCGCUCAACAGAUCAGAAAUGGAAGUUCCUGUGGAGCUGUGGCUCGCUGCAGAAGGUCGCGUCGAUGAGAGCAAGCUGUCGGCACUCACAGCGGUGCGGACGACGCUGCACGACCUCAUCUAUCGUGCAAAGAGCCGCUUCUCCACGCUGGAUGCCCUGCUGGAGUCCCUGUCCGGCCUGGAGCAUUCGACGGAGAUUUCAGGCCUUGUCGAUGCCCUGGACUUCGCCUUCUCCCUGCUGGGACCCCUCUCAGAGCUCUUGGGUGGCAAGGAUGCAGCCUUGGCGCGGAUGCUGCAGAUGCUGAAGCCUACUAGCUGCGCCCGUUGGGUGCUUUGCUACCCAAGGCUGGCAGCGCCCAGUCCAGCAGAUGAUAAGGCACAGGAGGAAGAGGAGGAGACACUGGCACAAACACCUGCAGAAGCGCGGAUGCUGUACCUCAUGCUGAGCAGCCCAGAUGCAGCGCAAGCGUCUGCUCCGCAGCGGCUGGUUGAAAUCCUGGACUUCCAGGCUUCCGUGACACUGGCAGCGAGUACCUUCGACGCUGCAUUUGGACAGGUUCGGAUGUUCAACGAGCAAAUCGGCCUGGUACGUCUGGCGGCUGCUGUCCUUGAUGACUUGCGUGUGGCCGGGCAUCCAGACUACCAGACUCGGCCGCCCCCUCCGAUGCCACACAUGGAUGAGCCUCAUGUCAAGGAGAUCCACGUGGAGUGGCACGUGGCACGUGGAAGAGGGGUUUUGAGCACCUUCGGGAACUGGCGCCAGAACUUGAUCAACGCGCAGCAGACAUUUCCGGCCUUUCGGCUGCAAAAGAAGCCGUGGCGAGUGGUCCUGGGAUUCUUCGCUGCACGUCAGCUCGGCUGUCUCCUGAACGCCGUGUCGCAUGACCUACGUGAGCGCGCUCAGGAGGUCCUGGCCGCAGUUGCGUCGACGUGGCUUUGGCAAUCGCAGGCAGAAGCCUGGUCCUCGGAUCUCCUGAAGCGCUGUCGGCUCCAGACGGGUGCAGAGGAUGCUGCUGCGCUGCUGCAGCAAGACUCGCAGAACCUCGAGACUUUGGCGAGCGCACUGCAGGCGACCUGGAUGCAGCACGGUGCGGAGAGAGUCGUGCGGGCACCAGCUGCAGCCAGCGAUGCGGGCGAGGUUCUUGGGCAGCUCGGUCCCGGAGCCCACGUGGCCUUGGCAACGGACUUCUACAGCGCCGUCGCCCUUCUGUUGUGGCCCUUCCUGGCACGACGACUCCGGCCUGCUGCCUGGGAGGUGCUCCCGUGCCAUGUACGAACCACCCCUGAGUCCGUGCAGCUGCUGCUGCUGAGGUGGGCACACUGCCAACCUGGACAAUUCUUUGGAUUGCUGCUCCCUGCAGAGGCCGCCUUUGCCACGCAGCAAAUUGUGGUCCAGGCCGUGCACGAUGCCGUUGACGAGGCAGGGCCGCUUCCAUCGCCGAGCUGCCCUCUGCUGAUAUUGGUCUGUGGCGAGAAUGCCGCACAGGCACAUGUCUCCACCCAGCUCAUGCAGCACCGGGUGGAAGCAUCACAGCCUCCUGCGCAUGAGUUCGCCGAUAAGGUUGUCCAGCUCAUCUCCGCUGGUGACGCUGCUGGUCCUUCAGUGCAUGUCGGCCCGCAUUGCGGAUGUGGCAAGACUUUCUCGGUUCGGAUGUCUGCAAAGGAGCAGGGUGCCAGCUAUCGGCAGCUGAAGCUGACCGCUGCACUGGGCUUCGGUGCACUCGGGCGGAGCCUCUGCGGAGCAGUGGAAGGUGUUCAGGGGCCGGUGCUGCUGCAUCUAGACCUCACAGCAGGGCUACCGCUGCUCAGUUCGGAGUCCUUUGCUGCCGCUCUCUUCGAGCUCAUCGUGCUUGGCCGGGUGGCCCGCAUGGGAGCCGACCGAGCAGAUGGGAUCUUCAAGCUGGACAGCAGGGUGAGGGUGGCAAUCGAGCUGCCAGCCGGGGUCGAGCAACCGGAGACCGCGCCUUGGCGCUGUGGGCCGCUGCUCAGCUGGCUCCCGCGUGUCAGCAGCACCGUGAAGGCCGAAGCUUUCUGCGCCGACGAGGCCUCGCUGCAAGCAGGGCUCGGCGACAGCUUUGCUGCGGCCAGGCAUGAUGGCCUGCGGAAUCCAGAUGCCGUGGCAACUGCCUACCAUCGUCUCCAAUACGUUUGUGGAGCCUUGGCCAUCGUCCGGCGUUUGGGCGGUGCCUUCCCUCUGCAUUACGAAGGCGCUGACAGUGAGUUGGGCGGCGAAGAGUGCUUCUCAUUGUUAGUCGAGUUCGCGAAGCUCAAGCUGCGCCCCUCUCUCUGGAACAUCUGGUCCUUCGUGGACGUACUAUACUGGCAACUGAAGGAGGUGCACCACCCAGAGUCUGUCGCCAACCAAGCUUGCAUUCCUGAGGAGGGCGCUCCGCAAGCCAAGCCGAUGUCAGAACUGCUGGCACAGGACUGUCCGAUGUUCAAAGGCGAGCUCGUCGCCUUCAUCUUGCGGACUGCAAGGGAUUUUGCCACGAGGCAGACGGCGAACAACGAGGUGGAUCCCGAGACAGUGGUGGCUGCGCACCUGCAGAACUUUCAUCAGGACCGUUUCUGUGGAACUUGGCGCCUCCAGCCUUUCUCCAGUGAUGGUCACCCUGUCUUCGCCAAGUACGACAAGAGCGAGAAGGGCUCCGGGCAGUUCUUCCUGUACUAUCGAGCUGCUCAGCGCAUGUGGGUCAUUGAUGCUGAGUUGGACAAGGUGGCCCCGGCCUUCGCGUACACCCGCAAGAGAGACUACGACAAGGGUUGGUGGAGGAUGGCCUCUUGGGUUCCCAACAAAGGCAUGACGGUUGUGAAGGCCGAGCACCCGCUGGCCUUCGAAAAGGACGCCGUGGAGGUGCGCGGCGUGGACGAGCAGCUCACGGGAUCCCCCGAGGAGUACCUCGUUCCUCUCAACGGCAUGUACCUGCGCCAGCCGAAGGAUGAGAACGUGAACGGCUACCAGCACUUUGUGUUGGAAAAGCCGCGCAGACACCUCUUCUGGGACAAAGGAAUGGACACGUGGUGCAUUGCCCAUGUGUGCCAUUCCGACGAGGGUGUCUAUGCCAAGUCCUCCCGAGCCAGCCUGUGUGGACCCUACGUCACCAUGGGCCGGGACGAGCAGGUACCCAACGCCCGCGUGUCUUUCGUCACUGCCGGGCAGGAAAGUGCUUCGACAAGGCGAGAGCCACAGCAGGACGAGGACUUCCCCCUUCUGCGCUGGGAGAACAGCAGUCAUGACUGUAUGCUUUUCUCGAACCGCAAGCACCAGGUUUGCUUCCUUUCGAGCCAACCAACCAAGCUCCGGAUUUCCAUGCAUCCGGGCCUACUCUUUCUGCUCGAGCGCAACCAUGUCUCCGUCGGCGAGUCGCUGGAUGCCCUGACUGCUGAUCAUACCAAGAUCCUAGGCUGCCUGACUGGGGUGGACCGGUCCAGGGAGGAGGCGGCCCAGCUGUUGGAUGGCAAGUACUGCCUCACAGGUGAUGCAGUCCUGAAGAUGCUUGCGAUCUUUGUCCGUCUUCGUUGUGGCCUGCCCGUGAUCUUGAUGGGCGAGUGCGGCUGCGGUAAAACCGAGUUGGUGCGCUACCUUUGUGCCUGGCUUGCGGUGGAGCUGGUCACGCUGAACGUUCAUGGUGGGACCACAGAAGACGACAUCGAUCGGGCUUUUGCUCAGGCACGAAAGCUUGUCCAGGAGCGCGAGGGUGAGCGCGUGAUCAUCUUCUUGGAUGAGAUCAACACAUCUCAGCAUGUGAACAUGCUCUGUGAAGCCGUGCUCGAAAGGUCGCUUCGGGGUGACGUUUUGCCCUCGAAUGUGGACGUGCUGGCGGCGCUGAACCCUCGCAGAAAGCGGCCGCAGCAGCAGUUGACGACCGGCCUCGUCUUCGGGGGCCAGGGCAGUGCCGAGGAGGAGAUGAGCGGGCUGGUUUACCGUGUGCAUGCCGUUCCCGAGACGGUGAACGACUUCCUCUUCGAUUUCGGGGCAUUGACCCAGAAGGCGGAGAAAAUGUACGUACGCUCUAUGGUGCAGAACGGCUGGCCCGAGAGCCACGAGCGCGAGCAGGAGCUGGUCACGGAGCUCCUCUGCCUCGCGCAGGCCUUCAUACGUUGGGAGGAAGGCGAUCCGUCGGCAGUCUCUCUGAGAGAUGUGAAGCGCUGCUUGCGAGUCGCCCGGUGGACCCAGGAGCGCUUUGGAAAGAAGACUGCGAAGAGUCACCCACACCCUCCCUCGGUGGUCGUUGCGGUGGCUUUGGUAUACCAUUACCGCCUGGCCUCCAGGGACAGUCGCCACAGCCUCUGGAUCGACCUCACACGUCGAGCGCCCUGGCCGGGUGACAGGGGCGAGAUGAAGGGCAGUGGAUGGGCAGAGCUGAGCAAGCAGCGCGAGGAGAAUGGCCUCACAGCCAUGGAAAACAUCCUCCGGAAGGUGCAGAACAAUGUCGCGAAGGAGUUCGAAGUCGAGAAAGACGUAGUCAUGAACGAAGCUUUGGCUGAAAAUGUGUUCGUGGGGCUUCUGUGCAUCAUGAACCGCAUCCCACUCUUCAUUGUCGGCAAGCCAGGCACCUCAAAGACUCUGUGUAUGCAGGUCUUGAUGAGCAAUCUGCAAGGGAAGCUGUCCAAGUCCAAAUUCUUGCAGACUUUGCCAGCCCUUCGACUCAUGCAGUAUCAGUGCUCACCGUUGUCCACGGCUGACGGCAUCCAGCGCCAGUUCGAUGCGGCUUCUCGCUUCGCCUCCAAUGCACUGGACGCCCAGGUAGUUCUCCUCUUGGAUGAGGUGGGCCUUGCAGAGUUCUCACCAGACAUGCCUUUGAAGGUUUUGCAUGGGAUUCUGGCGGAACCGGGGAUCGUCUCCGUGGUGGGUUUGUCUAACUGGCGGCUGGACCCGGCCAAGAUGAACAGGAGUGUUUGCCUUGCGCGGCCGGAUCCGGACUCUGCAGAGGUUGGUCGAACAGGAGCAGGGUUGCUUGCGGCCUUCAGUGGGAGCUCCUCGCCCGAUUGGCUGAAGGAGCUGUCUGCCGCCUUCUGGAGCGUUUUCGCAGACCAAGGCGAUCGCGACUGGCUGGGAAUGCGAGACUACUACAGUUUUGUCCGUGCCGUUCGCGAUGGAUGCCUUUCGGCAAGUGUGGAGCAACCUACUGCAGAGAUCCUGGCAUUCGCCAUUCGCCGAAAUUUUGGAGGUCAGCCAGUAUUGUUGGAGAGGCUGCUUCAUGCAAUGCUUCCUGCAGGUGCCAGAAGAGAAGGAGAGCGUCUGUCUUGGCCGUUAAAGGAACUUCUUCGGAUUUCACGUUUUCACCCAGGGUGCUGCCUUGCCAUGGCUGCAGGCCGCCCGGCCGCGCUGCACGGUCUUUCCAAGCAAGACUAG